AUUACUGCGAGUCGCAAAAGCGAUGUUGUUUGAUUUCGAUAAGUGCUCGCAGCAAGAAGCAGAGCACAAGGACAGCUGGUAGACAUUGUAAAUAAUCUGACCCGAAACGUGGUCCAAUAAUUCAGCAGUUUUAGUCACUGUACUAGUUCGAUUGGAAGGCAAGCUACGAUUAGCGGGGCUGCAAAAAAAAUCCAGAAACCGUACCAUCGUGUUUUCUUUGUUCGAGUAUGAGCAAUGAUUGGGUGUUGAUCGGAAGAAGCCCCGCGAGACGGUGUGGAAAUAAGUUAACUACGCCAUACGCACACGAGUUUGCCAGCCUAUUGCGAUUCGCCAUUUCCUCACGCAGAUGCUGCUGCCACAGUGAAAGGAGACCAGUUGUGUAGUCUGUUUUCAUAUGAAUCAACCCGUGUGUGUGUAUAAUAAUCACGCCUCACACACCGUGAAUGUCUGAGGAACGCAAUCGGACACCGCCAACCACUAGAGCAAACCACAGGAAAAAGAAUCUGCCAGCAGUAGGCCACCGACGUCGUAGCGUCUCGAAAUAGAAGCAAACGGUGGCUUAACAACAUGACGACGAACCGACAGUUCGACGCAAAAACGUACGACACGCUCACCAACCAGGACACCAAUCCGUUCGCGGACAAACGCUCGCCAACGAUCGAGGAAGAGGACACACCGCAGGUCAUACAUGUAGUUCCGGAGACAAGUAAAGCACGAUGGAACCACAUCGAGGAUUUGGAUUCGUUCUUCACCCGUGUUUACAUCUACCAUCAGAAGCAUGGCUUUUAUGUGAUGAUGCUGCAGAAACUGUUCGAGCUGUUCCAGUUUGUGUUUGUCGUCGUACUGAUCACGUACUUGUUUAACUGCAUAGACUAUGGCAUUCUUUUCCGUGAUAAAAUCAUCGAACUUGAUACGAAAGUUUCGCUCGGAGACGCGAUGAUAGGCGUAUCCGAAUGUGCGGCCAAGCUCGGUGCAUUCCAAUGGUUGGCACUAGUGCUCGCUGGUCUAUUUUGGACGUUUAGGCUGUUUAAAUUCUUCUAUCAAUUUUUCCAAUUUUGGGACAUUAAAAUGUUCUACAAUACGGCACUUAAAAUCGAGGAUGCUGACCUGGACAAUCUAACUUGGCACGAAGUACAAAAGUGCAUACGAGAAGUGCAAUCUGAGAUACAGAUGAGUAUCAACAAAGAGCAACUGACUGAGCUAGAUAUUUAUCAUAGAAUAUUAAGGUUCAAAAACUAUAUGGUAGCCAUGAUGAACAAGUCUUUGCUGCCUGCCACAAAGAAGCUGCCAUUACUAGGAAAUGUAGUACUAAUGAGUCAAGCGCUCCGUUACAACAUAGGAUUAAUUUUAUUCUGGGGACCAUGGUCACCGUUCGAAAACAGCUGGCAUCUGCGGGAGGAGUACAAGCGGCCCAGCAUGCGUAACGAACUGGCGGCAAAGCUAUCGAAACAGAUACUGUGGGUCGCGAUCGCCAACUUUAUACUCUCACCAUUCAUCUUCAUCUGCCAGUUGAUGUACUUUUUCUUCAACUAUGCGGACCUAAUAAAAAAAGAACCCGGUACACUGGGCGUACGAUGUUGGUCACAGUACGGGAAACUGUACCUAAGACACUUCAACGAACUCGACCACGAGCUGGACGCACGGCUUACCCGUGCCUAUCGACCGGCGGUAAAAUAUAUGAAUUCUUUCUCAUCGCCCUUGCUAACUGUCAUAGCAAGAAAUGUAGCCUUUGAUGCUGGUGGUGUUGCAUCGCUUAUAUUGCUGCUGGCCAUCUACGACGAGGAUGUGUUUCAGGUGCAACACGUCCUCACACUCUUCACAAUCUUGGGAAUGAUCAGUGUUAUUGCAAGAUCACUGAUACCGGAUGAGAACAUGGUUUGGUGUCCCGAGCAGCUGCUGCGUAAUGUGUUAGCUCACGUGCACUAUCUACCAUCGUCCUGGCGUGGCUUCGCCCACAGUUCCAACGUACGCGAUCAGUUUGAACUGUUUUUUCAGCUUAAAAUUAUGUAUAUUCUGAACGAACUCUUCAGCCCGCUUGUUGCACCGUUUGUGCUGCUUUACGAUCUACGGCCAAAAUCUCAACAGUUGGUUGAUUUCUUCCGCAACUUUACGGUUGAUGUGGUGGGCGUCGGUGACGUGUGUUCCUUCGCACAGAUGGAUGUGCGCAAGCAUGGCAACCCGGACUGGCAGAUCCCGAUCGUGGCGGACGACAAGGAUAGUGAGAGUGAAACUCCUCUUCUAUCACCGGAUGAUGUUGGUGGUGGUGGUGGUGGCGGCACUAGGAUUGGAGUACCACCGCCAACAGAGCCUCAUGCAGCUGGUGUUCCAACCCCUACGAUCGGUGCCACGCCGUACAAUCAGGGCGAGCACGGUAAAACUGAACUAUCGCUUGUACAUUUCACGCUUACCAAUCCCACCUGGCAAAUGCCACCGGAAGCGAAACAGUUCGUACAGGGCAUUAAGCGGCACGCGCUGCAGGAUCUCAACCGGCAAAGGGGAAUGAUGCUCGGUUUGCACAACCCAACCGCAAUGGGUCAGAGUUUGCUUUCGAUGGAAAGCAUGGGCGCCGAAUAUUCGUCCAUCAUUCAACCAAUACUGCAAACACACAACCUGUCGAACUCGCAGCAUCUUGGGCUGUCGAUGCAUCUCGGUGGCUUCGGUUCACCCGUACCACCGAUGACGCCCGCCUUCGGGCAGGGUAUGAUGCCAUCGACCGUGCACCAUCAGCCAACGCAACAUGGGGCAGGUGUGCAAUCGUCCCACCAGUAUCAUUUCGGGCCACAAUCGUACGAUUUUGAGCGAAUGCUGCAGCAAAAUCUUACCGACGCCAGUACGGUUGCGCCGAUGCCUAGUCGCAGUACCUUCCUGGCGGACAUUAACGAGAACGAUGAUGAAGCGGGUGCACCUUCGUUGGCGCCAGAGGUCCCACAAGCGAGCACGAGUAGCCGUGUUCAGGCGGCCAGUGUUGCACCCGGUCCGAUGGGAAUGGAUCCAGAGCUGGAGGGUAGCCGGUAUGUGCCGUGUACCGAUGCGAUGGUAUACAGCACCCGUGGAGGAAUGUCCCGCCGUGAAGGACCCGCGGAAGGUUCUCGCAAUGGACUACUUUCGAGUCUCUACGGCGAAAUGCCUACGAAUGCUCCGGCACCGUACGAAUUUACGACCGCCGACAUGUGUCUUAGUACGCUGUACCUGCAUGAGUUGCAUCACAAUCGCUUGCGACGUCAAGGUGGUAGCCUAAGGCUCGAUAUGGGUUCACCACCGCCGAGUUCAUCGCAUCGCCCAUCGGGCGUCAGUCGCUUUAUGGGACAGGGAGGAUUCCGACCGUUCGGUUCGGUAGCCCAACCAUCGCUAGUCAGUCAUCCGUUGCGCACGAUUGUGCCGGGUAUUAUUGGAGGCGAAACUGCUGGACCUUCCGGUUCGAUGGCUGGCAGUAGCAGUGGAUCGGUAGUGGCCGCCGAACGAACCCCCUUGCUCGGUGGCAAAAAGUCAUAGCACCAGGCGGAAUGGGUCUAACUGAGAUAGAUAGACACUUAGGUUGAAGUACGGCAAUAGGGAUUAGAUAUAAAGUCGUUGAGUGGUACGUUGAGAGAAAGGAAAAGAAUGAAUGUGAUUUGUUUUGUGCUGUCCCACUGUCUCAACGAUAGACCGAUUUCUGAGGAGGGCAAAGCUGAACGUGAUAUGUAGGAAAGGUGAGCUAGAUUUUAAGUACCACUAGUGACAGUGCGGAACGGAAUAAUGAUAGAAACAACGAAAGGAGAUGUACUAUCUGUAAGCGAAUAGUGUAGCAGCAACCGUGUGUGUGUGUGCUUUUGUAAAUAAAAUAAAAAAAACACCUCCCGCCAGGUUGUACUCAACGUAAAUGAUAUCGUGCGCGCGAAUGAAAAUCGAUUCGACGAGACAAUGAAUAGAAUUUAUUCGGGGGAUUCAAGUGAAAAUGUUCGCUGCACUUGAAAACACGGCUUGUACAAUGCUUACCAAGGUCAAGUUCAAAAUGUCGGAUAAAAACGAAUAAAAAUAAAAGAAUCAAAUCGUUUCCAUUUUUUGUUUUGUACGAAACGUUGUACAGUUAUGGCAUGUUAUGGCAAUAUAAAGCAAUUAGAUGAGAUUAUGCGACCAUUAGGGUUCUCCGCUGAAGGAUAACGUACAUUCGGCUGCUUUGUGUGAGAGGUGUUAUAAAGGUGUGAUUUUAUCGUCCGAUCAUGGUGAAAUAGAUACUCACGAAAUCAAUGAAAUUUAACCGGAAAAUGAUACUGCGAUAAGUUGUUAAAAGCGAGAAAUAAAUAUGUUUCCUAUUUGUACGAA